AAUUUGCUAUUUGGUGCAUGACAAACGUUCAGGAAGGAUUUUUCAAAAGCGCAGGUCUCCAAAUGCAUGAAUACAAGCCACGCCGAUAACAUCUUAUCCACCUUCUCGGUCAGAACUAGAGUCAGCGGCUAAUAGGAUUUUACUUUUGUGAAUGAGCAUGGCUUCCAGCGUCAAUCAUGAGUUUGUUAUUCAUGUACGAACUGGGGACGUCCAAGGAGCAGGUACAGAUGCAAAUGUGUCUGUUAUACUUCACGAUGAGCAAGGAUCAUCAACAGACAAAUUCAGUCUUGACUAUUUCUUCAGGAAUGACUUUGAAAAAGGAAAUCUAGAUGUGUUCCAGUUGCCAAAGGAUAAGGCUGCAUUCUUAAACAAACUUAGCAAGCUUGAAAUAUUCCGUGACGACUCGGGCUUUGGAAGUUCCUGGUACGUUGAAAGGAUCACAGUGGAGAACAAGUCUAACGGAGACGUGUACAUCUUCCCCGUGUUCAGGUGGCUGCGACCUCACUACCACUACGUGUUCCGGGAAAAUGACACCUUCCUUCCACAGGAUGAUGCCCAACAGGAGCAGAGGAGGCUGGACUUGGAGGACAAGCGCAGAAUUUACGUAGUGGACACCAGCGAUGUAACUCUCCCGGCCUCGAUCAAGGAAUUACCUGCUGAUGAGCUGUUUUCAAGGCAAUACCGGUGGGAUAUACAGAAGUUGAAAAUGAAUCUCAUAGUUCAGAGCCGCAUCACGAUGUUCACAACAGGCAGGUGGAACAGUCUUGAUGACAUUAGCAACGUGUACGUCAGGGAAAUAUUCAACCAACCAUGGACUAGCCAUUCCUGGAGAGACGACUCGUUCUUCGGCUAUCAGAGGCUCAACGGGGUUUGCCCUGCACUUAUUCAACUGUGUUCUCAUAUUCCACAAAAACUGGCUGUCACACAAGCAGACCUCGAGCCAGUCCUGGAAGGGAAAUCCGUUGAAGAAGCGUUGUCCGAUAAAAGACUCUUCGUUUGUGAUCUGAAAAUUCUCCACAACUUCAAAUGCAAAAGUGAAAACUAUGUGGUAUGCGCCCCCAUUGUUCUCUUGUACAGGGACAACCAAGAUCGACUCCUCCCAGUUGCCAUACAGUUGUUCCAGGAGCCUGGACCUAACAACCCGGUGUUUUUACCAUCUGACGACCCGAAAACGUGGCUUCUGGUGAAGAUGUGGUAUAACCAGGCAGAGGCCACCUACCACCAGUCGCUCACCCAUCUUGGAUAUACCCAUCUGUUGAUGGAAGGAGUCACUUUGGCCCUCCAUAGACAUGUAUCCAUCUCCCACCCAAUCUUCAAGCUCCUGGCACCGCAUCUCCUGUAUAUUUUCCCCAUCAACAAGUUUGCCGUGGAGAGGUUACUAUCUGUUGAUGGAUGGAUCGACAGCACCAUGGCAGCCGGGAGGAACGGUGUGCUGGAAUUGAAUCGGAAAGGAAGAAAAGACUGGCGGAUGGACAUUCAGGGAACACUACCCGAAGACCUCCGAAGGAGAGGGGUGUCCGAGGAGAAUGUUCUUCCUGGGUACUACUACCGCGACGACUCUUUACUACUGUACAACGCAAUAAAAACGUACGUCACAAGUUACGUUGACCUAUAUUACGAUACACCCCAGCGUCUCGCUGACGACACAGAAAUGCAGGCCUGGGCCAGAGAAAUGGUUCAGAGACGGGAGAACGGCGGGAUGGACAUUCAGGGAAUACCUGGCAAUGGGAAGUUCCGGGACUUAGAUGACCUUAUCCUGACGUUGACGUCAUUCAUCUUUACCUGCAGCGUGCAGCACGCUGCCGUCAACUUCCCCCAGUACGACUACUACGGCUUCCCGCCAUUAUACGCUCUGACACUUGAAGGUCAACCUCCAUCAGACAAGACCCCUAGAACAGAAGCGGAUAUCCUCAAUGUGCUACCCGACAAGGAAAGGACCUUUGAUGCAAUGAUCGUCACCAAAAUACUCAGCCAGAAGGGAGUGAACAGUCUCGGUGACUUUGAAGUUCAAUAUGUGUUUGACCCUAAAGCAACGGAAAUUGUUGAAAAAUUCCGGAAAGACCUUGCGAGUAUUGGAACGUCAAUCAGUACCAGAAACAGGUCACUGGACAUGCCCUAUGAAUAUCUCCAUCCUGACUCCAUACCGAACUCUAUCAGUAUAUAGAGACAGAUCCCGAGACUAAAACAACCCAGUCGUAUAAGUCGCCGCAAUUCGCUGUACAGAGUUGCCUUCCUUGUGUGUGUCAGAAUCCUUGGAUCGUGGUUUUGCAUCACAGAUUCGCCGAUGGUGGGUCGUGAUUUGACAACACCAUACUCGUUCUCGUAGAUAUGCUUUAAUGCGGACUUCCUUCAUUAUUAAGCUCACAUGCCGUGAUGAAACUGAAAUACUGGUCAAAACUGCGUUGAAACAAACUCCCUCACACACUCUUUAAUAACGACAUAAUGCAAAUCGCUGACCCCCGAAUACAUCUGUACACUGUUUACAGUUGCACAACGGCAUUAACUUGGAACUUAUUCUAUCCAUGAAUCGUCAUUGUUAUUAAUAUUCUUGAUCAAUAAUAUGAUAUUGUCUUGGGCGCAGGUAGAGUAUGUAUGAAAUUCACAGAACAAAGCCACAACAGGAAUCAUUUUGAUAAGACACGACCGAACCUGGUACUGCAAAUCUGUAAAUCGAAGUUAAACAAUAAAUUAAAUGUAAAAUGCAGCGCAUGGAUAUAUAUAAUGCUAAAGUUGAUGUCUCUGCUAUACUCACGUUAUUGUGUCAAAAGAGUGGGGGUUUAUUUAAUGGUUUUCGUGUGUGUUAAAUGUGUGGUCGUUACAACAUCGAGAUACUGUCACCUUUAAACCUGCAUCAUCACAUCAGCCACAAUAGUGUUAUGUUGAAUUUCGAGUUUGUCAAACUAUUUCUUUGGACCUAGAUAUCGAGAUUGACACAGGUGUGCCACUGUAUGACAAGGCUGGAUAAUUUAUCGAAUUCACGUCAUAGAUUUCACAGGAACUGUUAUGACGUCAUAUGACAAUCAUACGUUCGUUCCUGAAACAGAUUAUACUAACUGAAAGAGAAUAAUUAAUUUCUUUACAUUUCGAUAGAGUGGACACAGCUUGUGGGUCUUGAAAGUGCGUUGACUUGUGCGACAAUCAUCGUUGAGAAAUCGGAAAUGUAAGCGCCUAUAAAAUCUUUAUUCAUUUAUAAAACUGCACUGUGUCUCUAUCUGUUCGUACGCCCAAACAACAAACUGCAUCGUAAAAACUGAAUCAUUGGUUUACGAUAACCAAAAUCCAAAGUGUGAAGUUUGAGAAUCGUGUAUAAUAGUUCCCCUACAACUAGGGUUUAGCUUGUCGCCUAAGAAAUCUCAGAUGGAAAUGAGCUAAAUAUGUGUACAGAAAUAUCAAUACACAAAGUAACUAUCCCGAGUCACUGGCGGGUUCAACACACAACUCUUAACCCUUAUUGUGCCUGGCCGUCAGCUGGCUUUGUAUAACGCUCAGUGUCGCACUGUGAUAACGUCGCGGUUUCAAAAACGUAUACAUGGUUAUCAAAGUGUUACAGCGUUCUAAUUUCUUCACACGGUGUAACCAAAUUGUAUCACAACCAACUCGAGUUGAUUGUCAUUCCAACAGUAUCUAAAGUCAACAAAUCCAAAAGAUGUAUGCAUUGCUUAGCCAUCGAUAAAUUGUAAUUUGUUUGUGUGUUUUUUCAUUGUUUUUUAUUCAGUUCAGUAUAUGAUGUUACAUUGUUAUACAUAGAGUAGCACGUUAUGUAGUAUACUUAUUAGGUGUAGGUUAAAUAGCUAUACAGAAGACAGCACAUUUUAGUUGGCUACAGGUGUCCAACAAUGUUCACAAAUGGUGAAACGGGCAGGCUACAUUUGCCAGGCUUGUUAACUAAGUGUGAAGCCUAAUCCUUACAGCACAUUAGUGAAAAUUGUUCAUGUUAAAGAUAGAGACAUUUUAACUAGUCAAUUUUAUGUCAAACUGUCUUAUUGUAUUGUUUUGUGUUCAAUUGAUUUCUCCAUCCGAAAUAAAUCGAUUAAGGUCUUCA